AUGGAUAAUCUCUAAUAAGCUAAAUGGUCUCUAAGCAUUUAUGAUGCAAUGAUACAGAAACUGCAGUAGGACAAGGCUCUAGCACUUAGGAAAUUCUCGGAAUUUGACGAUUUGGAGAGAUAACUCUACAUAGAAAACGAUUUGCAGAGUUUUUAUGAUGCAUUCAUCUCUCAGAUAGGAAUGAAUAGAUUUGUAAAGCAUCUUAGAUAAAACCACUCUAGACUAGUUGAUUUACUCAUAAAGCAAUAAGGGCUUAAGCCAAAUUUCUUAGAAUACCAGUCUUAGUUAACUAGUAACUCAUUUUUGCAAAGCUAAAUAACAGCAAUGGAACCUACUAUAAUCGCUGAGAUAACUGAUUAUUAUAAGGAGAAGUAACUAAGCUAUACCAAACUGGGGCUCGAGUACAGUAGUGUAAUUAGAGUAAACGAACGGGUUUUGGUAAGAGGACUCAACUUGAUUGUAUACUCAGACAACUGUCAACAAGUUAUAAAUGAUAUUUAACUCAAGAGUUCUUCUUAUUGCUGCUAUUCUAAGGAUACCUCACUCUAUAUCGGUUAUGCUGAUGAAAUUCAAGUUUUAGAUAGCAAUACACUUGGAAUAAAGUAAAGCAUAAAAACUGCAUCAAGUGUUAAUAAACUGAUUCCCACUUUCCAAAAGCCAUAGUAAAAUUAGCUGUCAGAAUUGGCUAGUUCUAAGUCUAAUCGAAGUGACUUCCUACUGUGUAUACAGAACAUGGGCUUUAUACAGCUGAUAAAUGCCAGAUACAAUGAUGUGCAUUAUACGAAGAAGCUACUAUUAGGGAAGGCUUCAAUAAAUGAUAUCUGCCACGUCACUAGCCAUCUCUUACUAGAUGGAGAAGAUCAUCUGCAUUUAGGAAAUCUGCCUUAAUAUGCUCUGGCUACUUCAAUGGGGCUUUUCUUUGGUGAGUUCACAGAGUUCAAUGAGAGUUUACGCUCUUACGAGUUUUAAGAAAACUAGGAUGAAAGCUAUUUGCAUGGGAUAAUGAUAAACAGUGUGGUUGAGAUAAAACCAGAUAUAGUGGCAUUCGUAGUUGAUAAAAGAUUUAACAUUCUAAUAAUAGACAGAGCAGUUAGAAGACUGCUCAGAGAAAUACAGAUAACCAAUACUGGCUAACUUAUAAUGCAGAAGUACAUUAAUUAUAGCGAAAAAAAACCAUAUCUGAUAAUAAAGACCAACAAAGAAAUAUUAGUGAUAUAGAUGAACGAUUACAGAGUGAGGCCAUUGAUGAAAUCAGUAAAUGAUUAAUAUUUGACUCACGACUGCAUGCAUCAGUACUUUGAUGAUAAAACUGGAGAUUUCAUCAUCCUUGACAUUAAGAAAAACUUUGCCAAGGAGUCGCGGCAGGUUAGAAAGAUCAAAGUUAACUUGCCUAAAGUAAAAGAGUGA